AGAGACUGUGAUUCAAGAGGAAGAGAAAGGGGUUUGGCCAGUAUAAACCUACGCUACAGCAACACAAAACUUGAUUAAAUUUUUUUUGAGUGCUCAAAAAUUAUAAUUUUUUGGUUUCCCUCAAAUGGAUUACUUUGAAACAAGGCAUGGGUUCGUAUCAUCCAAGCUUUGAUUGGCCCGUCUCUACAACAGCUUUUGAUUGGCCCAUCUCUACAACAGCUUAGAUUGGCCCAUCUCUACAACAGCUUUUGAUUGGCCCAUCUCUACAACAGCUUUUGAUUGGCCCAUCUCUACAACAGAUUUGAUUGGCCCAUAUCUGCAACAGAUUUGAUUGGCCCAUCUCUACAACAGCUUUGAUUGGCCCAUCUCUACAACUGCACGUGAAUGUCACAAAAUUGGAUUAUAUGAGUCUGAAUUCAAGGAAAAUUAGUUUGUUUUUUCCCUCCAAAACCAUGAUUGGUGUUACUUGUUAAGAAGGAUCUACAAUUUCUUACUUCUUGAAUUGACCACGGAUACAACCGGAUACAAGAGUUAAGUGUUUUGAUGUCUACUAUCAGGCCCUCGUGCAGUGCCAAGCCUGUCAUCUGUCAGUGAGACGAUGAAUGACAGUCGGUUCGGUCAAGCCAUUCCCUCAAACUUUGCAGAUCCCCUCUACCCCCCUCCCCCGGGCCUCAUCGACCCGGCCUGCAUCUCUCGCCCAUCGUCGCCGCCCCCUUCCACGACCGCAUCGUCGUCCUCGCCGGCGCCGCCCUCGGCCUCGUCGUCCGACGCGCCCCUGACCCCCCCACCCACCCCGCCCACGCUCUCGUCACCGUGCCAGAUGACAUUUCGGGAGGCGGUCCAGAAUGGCGACACCCUGGAGCUGCAGAGGAUCCUCGAGGAGAGGGAGGGGAAGAUCAACAUUAAUCUCUUCGACACGGAGGGCCAGACCGCCCUGCACCAGUGCUGCCUCAGGGGAAACCUCGAACUGGUCAAGCUCCUGGUGCGCUUCGGCGCCGACGUGCGGCUGGCCAACAGAGACGGUUGGAAUCCGCUACACAUAGCAGCGUACGGAGGCCACAAUGAUAUUUUUUUGUUCCUAAUGACAGUUCCAGUGAGGAGGUCGUAGCAGUCAUGUGUUGGUUAAUGUGUUGGUUUGUUUGUUUGUUGAUACUUUGUAAAGAAAAAGACAAAAAACAACAACCAAAAAAAAAGGAACAAACUUUAUUACAAAACACAUUUUAAAAAAGAGACAUUUGUGUAUUAUCAGGACUGUCUCGUUCUCAUGAUGGAUUUGCCUCCCCCUGAAAAUACCUUAAAAGGUUACCUGCCCUUGGUGUGGUCCAUGUAGGAAUGGUCAUACUCUAGUAUUUUUUAGUACGUCAUUGAAGACACUCUAGGGCCCGUUAUCAGAUUUUGUACCAGAAAUUCAGGGAUCACACAUGUUGGUGGCCGCAAAAUUAAUUUUUAUUUUUUUUAUAAAUGACCAAUAGUUCCAGAGAUCUGGAAUCUAAGCGUUAGCAAGAAACGGCUAUUAAUUAUGAAUACCAGCGAUUCUCAAUCUUUGGUUUUUGACAAUCCCAAAACCAGUUCAUGAAUGCCAAAUAAGUGAUAUCCCAUGACGUUAAGAAAAAAAUCAGUUCCUUUGAAUUAACCAAUCAAUUUCUUGUUGUCUGGGACAAUGUAAUAAUUCAACUGAUUAAAUUGUAGAAUUUUCUUUACAUUUUUAAUUCAAAAUAUUUAGUGUAGCAAUUUAGAAAUCAGUGAAUUUUUUUGUUGUCUUUAAUCUCAGGAGAAUGACAAAUGCAUCUUUAUAACAGUUUAAAGUACCUCUGGUAUAGACAGUCCAAUAAAAAUUUGAGAACCUCUGAUAAAGACAAUCCAAUGUUGUUGAAUUUCACAAAGAUUAAACUUUGAACCAAUGAUAAAUCAACUCCAAAUAUUGUACAAUGAAAUGGCACUGCCACACCCUUUUCUGCAGGCACCCUCUACUGCAGGCACCCUCUCCUACAGGCACCCCCUGCUGCAGGCACCCCUUCCUGCAAGCUUCUUGUGAUGUAAAUAUUAACAAUUUAUUUUAUGGCUGGCCAUUGGGGAUUGAGAAAAGGACACCUAAAGGCUUAGGUUUUUUUCAUGUCAAUCAAAUAUAUAUAUGCACUGGAGGCAUGUCGUCUGCCACUACACACUUGGUGGAUUGACCAAACUUAUCUUAUCCAGUAUGUUUAUUGUAGAUGGCCUCUUUUCACUCUUGAAGAUCUUUAUCAAUUUAAUGAUUUUUUUAACAAUUUUUUGCAGUCUUUUAAGGGGUGCAUAUGAAAGAAAUAAAGAAGUGCAUUUUUUUUUAUGCUUACACAGACGAAGUUUUGCUGAUGUACUGUAAAAAGAAGGUACAAUGUGUGCACUGUUCGGUUAUUCAGUUUGUUGAUACCUCAUUGCCAAUGGUUAAAAAAAAAAAAUCAUUGCAGGACUCUAUAAUGGCACAUGCAUUGCAAAGAAAAGAUCAUUCUGUCUCAUCGAUUCACCCUUUCCAGCAAAAAGUAUACCACCCAUCUUGUUUCAUUUACGACAUCUGAAGUUUUUAACAGCGAACAUUGUAGUAUUUUUAAAAUAUAGUUCAAUAACCAUAAACUUAAUCAGCUAUUUAUAACCAUAUUACCAACACAAUUUAGGACAAAAUACCUUACUUACAAUCACCCCCCUAACAAAUGUAAACAAAGUCAGGACAUUUCACAUUGCU